CAAAUUGGAUAAAUUAUCAAGAUGAGGGAGAUCAUCAACCUUCAAGUCGGUUCGUGCGGGAAUCAAAUGGGGGGAAAGUUCUGGGAGGUGAUAUCUGACGAGCAUGGAAUCGACCCAAGUGGCUGUUACCACGGUGACUCGGACUUGCAAUUGGAGCGUAUUAAUGUCUACUUUAAUGAGGCAUCGGGUGGUAAAUAUGUACCAAGAACCGUACUAGUCGAUCUUAAGCCAUCCACAAUGGACGCCGUUCGCUCUGGACCUUUUGGGUGUCUGUACCGACCGGAUAACUUCGUAUACGGUCAAGGUGGCGGCGGUAACAAUUGGGCAAGAGGACAUUACACAGAAGGUGUUGAGAUUCUUGAGUCCGCUUUAGAUGUGAUCAGGAGAGAGGCUGAAGGAUGCGAUUGCAUGCAAGGCUUUCAAUUAAACCAUUCUCUUGGGGGUGGAACCGGCUCUGGGAUGGGUACCUUAUUGGUAAAUAGGAUAAGGGAAGAGUACCCUGACAGAAUCAUCCUAUCUUUCUCGGUGUUCCCGAGUGCACGAGUCUCCGACUGUGUAGUAGAACCUUAUAAUACUACGCUCGCUGUGAACCAGCUUGUGGAGAAUACAGACCACACGUUCAGCUUGGACAACGAAGCGCUAUAUGAUAUUUGUUUUAGAACAUUGAAACUCACCACACCCACAUAUGGUGACUUAAAUCAUUUGAUUUGCGCUACAAUGUCUGGCAUCACUACGUGUUUGCGGUUUCCUGGUCAGUUAAAUGCAGACUUGAGGAAGCUAGCUGUGAAUAUGGUGCCAUUCCCGCGCCUACACUUCUACUCACCUGGGUUUGCGCCGUUGACGUCUAGAGGUGGUCAGCAAUACAGAGCUCUCACGGUUCCCGAGCUCACUUUGCAAAUGUUUGACGCGAAGAACAUGAUGGUUGCGUGUGACCCUCGACACGGGAGAUAUCUGACAGUAGCUACUAUAUUCAGAGGUAGAAUGUCUAUGAAAGAAGUCGAUGAACAAAUAAUGAAUAUUCAAAACAAAAACAGCACGUACUUCGUGGAAUGGAUACCGAAUAAUUGCAAGAUAGCAGUUUGUGAUAUACCACCGAGAGGAUUGAAAAUGUCGUCGACUUUUAUUGGCAAUACGACUGCCAUUCAGUCUAUAUUCAAGAGGAUAGCAGAGCAGUUCGUCGCUAUGUUCAGGCGGAAAGCGUUCCUGCACUGGUAUACUGGUGAAGGGAUGGACGAAAUGGAGUUUACUGAAGCGGAGAGCAACAUGAAUGACUUGAUUUCAGAAUACCAACAGUAUCAAGACGCGACGGCGGAUGACGAAGGGGAGUUCGAUGAAGAGGCGGAGGGGGAAGGAUUGGAAUGA